CCGCGCGAUAGAUUCUUCGUGCUUCGCGCUAUUUUAAAACUGUUAACCAGCUAUUUAAAGUACAAAAGUGUAUUUUGAGCAGUUUAGAUUGUCCUAGAAAUGGGCAUGUGAGAAUCUUUGUGCAUGAUUCGCGCGAUAUCUUGUGUGGUGAUCGAAAUAACAAUAAAAUUCGGCUGAAGUAGUCCAAAAGAAUUUAUUGAGUUCAGUGAACUGCAGCGUUGGCGCCGUGUCAAAAUGCAUCCUUUGUUUGGUGUAUUGCAAGAUCCCACUUACGACUAUUUGCCGAGUGAAGACGACGAUUCGUAUGAGUACGGCGAGCAGCAGGAGUCGGAGAAGCCCACGAAGGCGGAGUACGCGGUCGCCAAGUGGCUGAAGGCCAACGUGCCCACCAAGAAGACCAAGUUCCUCAACCACCAUGUCGAGUACUUCACCGGUGUGAAGGCGGUAGACGCGCUGCUGACGUCGAAGUGGGCGUCGGGCAAGACGCCGCUGUUCACGACGCGGCAUGACGUGACCGACUUCCUGCAUCAGAUGCUGCUGCACAAGCUGUUCCACAGGGCUAAGAAGGUUCCAGUGAGCGAGCAAGAACUCAGGGGCAAAUCGAAGAAAAAGGAGAAAGAGAUUGAAAAGGCUAGCAAGAGCGGAGACGAGAAAGAUGACAAGAACGCUGACGGAAAGGAGCAAAAAGAUGCCAAAGAGAAAGAAAAGAAGAAGCGCAAGAUACGACUGGAGAUGCAUUUAGAACAGGUGUUCCUAGACACGAUGGACGCGUACGUGUGGCUGUACGACCCGAUGCCGUGGUACUACUGGCUGUGCGGGUUCCUGCUGGUGCUGGGGACGGUGGCCGUGUGCAUGUUCCCGCUGUGGCCCGCUACUGUGAGAAAAGGCGUAUACUACCUAAGCAUAGCGGCCGCCGGCUUCCUCGUGCUCAUCAUAGCGCUGGCCGUGCUUCGAGUGGUGGUGUUCUGCUGCGUGUGGGUGCUGACCCUGGCGCGGCACCACCUGUGGCUGCUGCCCAACCUCACUGAGGACGUCGGCUUUGUGGCUUCUUUCUGGCCGCUUUACCAUUACGAAUACCGCGGCCCCGGCUCGGAGAGCGAGAAAGCGUCUAAAAGCAAGAAGAAGAAGAAGAAGGAGAAACAUUCCGACGACGAGGAGGAGAAGCGGCCGCUCGUGAAGGAAGAACAGAAGCCGCAGGAGGCGGCGGCGCCGGCGGCCGAGGCGGGCGGGGGCGAUACGGCCAAAGAAGACCCCCCGACACCGGCCAACGAGAAGCAGUCAGAAUCAGACUCCGAGAACAGCCAGCGCUCCUCCACAGAACGAGACUUCGAGAUGGUGGAGGCCAAGGACCUCGAACCAGACAGCACGGCUUAGGAUAAUACACCUAGAUAUAUCCCUAUUAUUGUGUUUUAAAUUAACUAGACUAAUAUAUCACUGUGCGGAGUACAGCGGAUAAGUGGUGGUAACGUAAAGCGUACUACACUGCUUCUUAAUUUCACUGUGCCGAUCAGUAGUAUUCAGACAUCAGCACUUUGAUGACAGGUCAAAUAUAGAGGUUUAUUCAUGUUUUUUAAAUAAUAUAACCUAUUUAUGUAGUCUUGGUAAACGGACGGAAUUGGAGUCGCAGGAGAAUAUCUAAUUGGUGUGUUUGAUGUUGUAAUUGUAUCCAAAUGUUUGGAGAUUUUAAAGCAGUCUACUGGUGGGUGAUAUUAGGUAUCGUACGUAGUGCACUUGGUAUUAAGAGCCUGUGGGAAGUGGUAUGCGGGUCAUCCAGAUUAUACUUCUGCCUAUUCAUUCAUUGGUUUGAAUAUUAAAACAAAGAAAAUUGUAAAAGGAUAAAUCUACAGUUGAAUUGGUUAUCGCGAAAUUUCUGACAUGUUUUUGUGUCACGUUUUUUAAAAUCAUAGAAAUCAUUGAAAAAGCUUCCAUUUAUAAUUAUUUUGGUAUUCAACUUGUAGUGUCCAUUCACGGAUGUGUUAAGUUAUAGUUUGUACAUAAUACCAAGUGCAUUGCAUUAGUUUCACCGACUUUAUUCAGAUAAAUGUCGGUACGUAUUUAUCUUUUUCGUUGCUUCGUUGAAAUUACCAUUGGUUUAGCAACGUGAUAUUUACAUUUACAACUGGGAAGAUUACGUAUGUUUUAUUUUUAUCAAUAUUACUUAAAGUGCUCGUGGGUCGUAACAAGAGUAAAAACAGUAACUUGGUUGUUAGUUUACUCAAUGUAUCUCGAAAGUGUAGACUUUUGUUCAGUUACACAAAUUAGGCAUACGUAAAAGGAAUUCAUUCAGAAUGAUCAAUGUUUUUAAACAUUACUCGAGAGUAAACAAUUAAUGCAUUUGGAAAAUUUCUUUGAUUGUCAGACUCUACAGGCAAAAAUAGAAAGCAAAUGACCUAAUGUGCCGGCACUAUCAUUUUAUACUUAUACAUUUGUAAUCAUAAAACAAUUAUUUAUGUUUCCUCGCAAUUUUAAGCAAAGUUUGGUGCUGUUUCGUAUUUUAGAUUUAUGACAUUAUGAAGGAGGUUUUAAUAUUUAUUUUUAUUGAAAUUUGACUAUUUUGUAUCGUGCGCAUUUUUGUUUGGCCUGGUAUUCUAUGUAAAUAGUAUGUCGGUAUUUCCCCAAGAUCUAAUGAGUGUUACACUUAAAAUUGUGUAUCUUUAAACGAUAAUCAAACAAUUCAUUAAAGUGAUACUCUUUAUUAAA